AGGCUCAAGCGACCACUUGGACCGAAGAGUCUUCCGAUUAUAGGCAAUAUCUUUGAUAUGCCCAAGGCUCGCGAAUGGCUUACGUAUGCAAGGUGGAGUCGCGAGUACGGUACGGCUCAGAUCGUCCACCUCCGCGUGUUCAACACAUCAAUCUUCGUUCUCAGCUCUACCAAACCUGUCAACGAUCUGCUAUGCAAGCGUUCGUCCAUCUAUUCUGACAGG